UGCUCUAUACUCCAUUCAGCUCUCUCGUACUUACUAUAAAUUGAUUACCGCGAACUCUAUCUUAUAAAUUUCUACACAAGAAAAAGACGUGUUGCAUUUGAUUUACAAUAUUAUUAUUUACUCAAAAAUCAAUUCUUAAUCACUGUGGAUUUGCUUAAUUCUUCUAGAAUAUUCCAACACAAAUUCGUCAAUCAAUCAUCUUCUCAGAAUAUUCCAACACAAAUUCGUUAAUCAUCAUCUCAGGCUGGCAUUAGGAAAAUAAUUUCUGGGAUAUUUUACAUGAGCUGUAUGCACAGUAGAAGAACUUUUUUCCAAUGGCUUCAAGAGCAAUAUUGAGAAGGAAGAGGAACAUCUUUGAUUCUACUACGAAGCCUCAUACUUUCAUUCGAGGUUUUUCGAGCUAUGAGAACUGGGGAUCAUCUAAGGCUUCUAAUUCUUGGGAUUGGUGCUCUACAGUAACUCAUCAACCUCAGAAUGCAGAUAACAGAAAUGAAGGAAGUUCAAAUCCGUCAACCAAAGAUGAGUUACUAAAAGUUUGGGGAAAAAGUGUCCUACUCAACUCAUCUGAAAUUCCAGCCUUGGGUCUCAGAGUUGGAAGAUGUGGGUCUCUUUCUACUUUGGGGGCGAGGUGGAUAACAAACCAACAGCGAUAUUCGACAGCUGCAGCAGGUCAACCCGAUUUUGGUAAAGGAAAUGAUAAGGAUGCAGAACCAGCGGUUAAACAGAAGAAAGAAGCUUCACCAGAAGAAUGUGAUGAAGCAGUUGAAGAUUUAACCAUGGCCAAAGCCAAGGCAAAAGCGAAACAGCUGCAAGAUUCACAGAAUGGUAUUAAACCUAUACUCAAGAAAAUUUGGGCCAUGCUAUUAGGGAUUGGUCCUGCUUUGAGAGCCGUUGCUUCAAUGAGCAGGGAAGAUUGGGCAAAAAAGCUCCGACAUUGGAAGGAUGAAUUUAAGUCAACAAUGCAACACUAUUGGUUGGGUACCAAACUGCUUUGGGCUGAUGUUAGGAUAUGUUCCAGGCUCUUGUUGAAAACGGCUAAAGGGAAGAGCCUUUCCAGGAGGGAAAGGCAACAACUAACACGGACGACAGCUGAUAUUUUUAGGCUGGUUCCCGUUGCAGUGUUUAUUAUUGUUCCUUUUAUGGAGUUCUUGUUGCCGGUAUUCCUGGCAGUGUUUCCCAACAUGCUACCAUCAACCUUCCAAGAUAAGAUGAAAGAAGAGGAGGCUUUGAAAAGGAGGCUGAAUGCUAGGAUUGAAUAUGCGAAGUUUCUACAAGAAACAGUCAAAGAGAUGGCAAAGGAAGUUAAAAGCUCGCGAAGCGGAGAACUAAAGAAUACAGCAGAGGAUCUUGAUGAAUUUAUGAAUAAGGUCAGAAGGGGUGCUUCUGUAUCUAAUGAAGAAAUUUUAGGAUUUGCCAAGCUGUUUAAUGAUGAGCUCACUUUGGAUAAUAUCAGCAGACCGAGGUUGGUGAAUAUGUGCAAAUAUAUGGGUAUCAACCCCUUUGGAACUGAUGCAUAUUUGCGAUUCAUGCUUCGAAAGAGGCUCCAAAAGAUCAAGAAUGAUGACAAGAUGAUUCAAGCAGAGGGUGUAGAGUCCCUUUCGGAGGAUGAGCUCCGUCAAGCCUGUCGAGAAAGAGGCUUACUUGGAUUACUUUCAGUUGAAGAAAUGCGGAAGCAGUUGCAAGAUUGGCUGGACUUAUCGCUCAACCAUUCAUUGCCAUCUUCGUUAUUAAUCCUUUCUAGAUCCUUCACAGUAUCAGGCAAAGUUAAACCAGAGGAAGCUGUUCAAGCUACACUUUCAUCACUGCCAGAUGAGCUGGUGGACACUGUUCAAGUUACAUCAAUGCCAUCGGAAGAUUCUCUUGCUGAAAGGAAGAGAAAGCUAGAGUACUUAGAAAUGGAAGAAGAGCUCAUCAAGGAGGAGGAAGAGGAAGAAGAAGAAGAGCAGGCUAAGAUGAAAGAAAAGCAGAAGGAUGUAGCUUUGGAAGAGAUGACUCUUGCGACAGCUAAAGAAGCAGAAGAGCUAAAGAAAACCAAAACGUUGGAUCAACAAGAGCAGCUUUGUGACCUUAGUCGUGCAUUGGCUGUGUUAGCAUCGGCUUCUUCUGUAAGCCUGGAGCGUCAUGAAUUUUUGAGACUUGUCAAAAAAGAGAUAGAGUUGUAUAAUAGCAUGGUGGAUAAAGGGGGCCCUGAAGGUGAAGAAGAAGCCCGAAAGGCAUAUAAAGCUGCUAGGGAAGAGGACAGUGACCACACUAAAGAAAGAACUGUGGAUGAUAAAGUUUCAGAAGCACUUAUUAACAGGGUUGAUGGAAUGCUCCAAAAACUUGAAAAGGAAAUUGAUGAUGUGGAUGCCAAGAUUGGUAAUCGUUGGCGGUUACUAGAUAGGGAUCAUGAUGGAAAAGUUACUCCAGAGGAGGUGGCCUCUGCUGCUGCAUACCUCAAGGAUACAUUGGCUAAGGAGGGUAUUCAGGAGCUAAUAACCAACCUUUCCAAGGACAGAGAAGGAAAAAUCCUCGUCGAAGAUCUGGUGAAGUUAGCCAGUGAAAUAGAUGAUGCUGAAGAGGAAACUACAGAAGAGGAAAAAGCUCAAAAGUAAAUCCAAUACAGCAAUAUUUUUGAUCCAUUUACUGCUAGCCAGUUAGUCUCCAACAUUUUUACUUUAUACUACUAAACACGAUAAGCUUGGUAUCUCAUGUGGCCAGGUAUCAUCAACCUAGGUCCUUAUAAUGGGCGCUUGUAGUUGAAUUUGUAUGAUUGAUAAAAUGCGUUCCGAUUCAAUUCACAGAAGCUAAAAUGUUCAUGUAUACGGCCGCUGUGUCAACAUUUUGAAUAUCUGCCUCUACUCCCCGGUCCCUAGCUGUAUCUUGUAUCCCUACAGUGGCAAACAUAGCAGUAUUGUUUAUCAGCGGAAUAAUUUGAGAAACCCAGCUUUGAGUUUAAUUCUUAAGGUGGCAAUCACGGGAUUUGAAAAGA